ACGUCUCUCCUAUGUGUCCACAUCUCUCCCACGUGUCCACGUCUCUCCCACGUGUCCACGUCUCCCCCACGUGUCCACGUCUCUCCCACGUGUCCACGUCUCCCUCGUGUCCGCAUCUCUCCCUCGUGUCCACGUCUCUCCCUCGUGUCCGCGUCUCCCUCGUGUCCGCGUCUCUCCCACGUGUCCGCAUCUCUCCCUCGUGUCCGUGUCUCUCCCACGUGUCCGCAUCUCUCCCUCGUGUCCGUGUCUCCCACGUGUCCGCAUCUCUCCCUCGUAUCCGUCUCUCCCUCGUGUCCGCGUCUCCCACGUGUCUGUCUCUCCCUCGUGUCCGCGUCUCUCCCACGUGUCCGCGUCUCUCCCUCGUGUCCGCGUCUCUCCCUCGUGUCCACGUCUCUCCCUCGUGUCCACGUCUCUCCCUCGUAUCCGUCUCUCCCUCGUGUCCGCGUCUCCCACGUGUCUGUCUCUCCCACGUGUCCGCAUCUCUCCCUCGUGUCCACGUUGUGGGGAGCAAACCGGACUAGACUAAGUUGCUCGAAUUAAGACUUAUUCUAUGCAUCUGCUCUCCCACAAUAUGGCGCUGGGAGAGAAGUAAACAGCUUCCGCACAGCUGCCUCCAGUUCAACCAAUUAACUGUAGGACUUGCUCCUGAUUGGAGAGCAGCGUACUCAGCCGAGUUAGGAUUGGCGGAAGAGGACUAUAAAGGAGGAGAGAGACGGCAUGCACCGGGGAACAUCUAUGGGGAACAUCUAAGGGAACCCGUGCAGCCCCCAGAGAGCCGGCCGGCGGUGUGCCGCUCCCCUGCGGAAGUGGGGAAUGCGGCCAGGGGGAACCGCCCUUCCACGGAGGUGGAAGGGAUAGUAGCCAACCCGGGAAGAACCAGCAGCAAACCCGGGGAGGGCCGAGCAGACAAAAAGAACAGCGCAGGGUCCUGUGUCGUUCCUCCACGAAGAGGGGGAGCGACACACGUCUCUCCCUCGUGUCCACGUCUCUCCCUCGUGUCCACGUCUCCCACGUGUCUGCAUCUCUCCCUCGUGUCCGCGUCUCUCUGGUGUCCGUGUCUCUCCUUCGUUCUCUGUUCCGCCCCUGAGUCCGUCCCGCGCGCUGCAUUCCCUCUCUGGCCCCUGGCUCCUAACAGAAGCACUGCAGAACUCCUGUCAGGCGUCGCUCUCACCCCAGCCCAGCGAAACCUCAGCUGCCCAGUGUCCCCGCACCCUGCCCCUCCCAGACCGCGUCCUGGGUGGUGUGCGCCGGGGGUCUCGUAGCUUACCUGCAGGAUCUUUAAGGCAUGCAUACAUUAUUUAUUUGAAAGGCAGUUAGAGACAGAGAGAGAGAGAUCUGCUGCUGGUCACUGCCCAGACAGCUGCUGUGGUCAGGGCUGGGCCAGGGUGAACCCAGGAGCCAGGAGCUCCACCUGGGUCUCCAUGCGCGUGGCAGGGGCCCAAGGGCUGGGCCGUCCUCUGCUGCUUCCCCAGGAGCGUUAGCAGGGGCUGGAUGGGAAGUGGAGCAGCCAGGACUUGAACCUGUGCCGGUACGGGGUGCUGGCACCUGUUACGCCGCGACAGCGGCCCCUCUUGUGCUUUUUGACUGUGAACUGUGUUGCUGAAGCAGCGGUGGAGUCGUGUGUGGUGGUGCUGGUGCUUCCUGCACAGGCUCGCCCCGUGGCCCCGUGGACACCGCCACGCACAGGUCCCGCCCGGUGGGGCCGCGUGGCGCCGCGUGCGUCCCCGCUGCCUGCAGUGGUGCUGGUGCCAGGGCUGGUGUUGUGAUGCCGCCAGAUCAGCGUCCCCUGCCACAGUGCCGCUCUGAGACCCGGCCGCUCUGCCUCCGACUCAGCUUCCUGCCAGUGCGUCUGGGAGGGCCGUGGGCGAGGGCCCAGGUGCCACCAUGUGGGAGACCACGACGGAGCUCCUGCCUCCUGUCUCAGCCCCGCAUCUGGGACGUGAGAUUUUAGUUAUUUAUUUGACAGGUAGAGUUACAGACGGGGGGGCGGGGGGGCUUCCAUCUGCUGGCUCACUGCCCAUUUGGCCACAGCGGCCGGAGCUGAUCUGAUCUGAUCUGAAGCCAGGAGCCAGGUACUUCCUCCAGGUCUCCCAUGUGGGUGCAGAGGCCCAAGGGUUUGGGCCACCUUCUUCUGCUUUCCCAGGUCAUAGCAGAGAGCUGGACUGGAAGAGGAGCAGCCGGGACUAGAACCGGCGCCCAUUCGGGAUGCCGGCGCCACAGUGCCGGCCCCUGCCUCUCUCUCUGUCACUCUGCCUUCUAAAUAGUAAAUAAAUAAAUCUUCAACUACAAAUGCUGGUGCCAAGUCCACUCAUCCCGAGGCCUCCCAGGGAAAGUGUGACGCUCGCAGCGCUGGACUGGCCCACGGCCGGCGGGCAGCCUGGCUUGAGAGCAGUGGAGCCGGACAAGCCCAGGACUCUGUGCCGGCGCUGCCAGGUGGCAAGGCCGUGGCUCUGGCCACGGGGGCGGGAAGGGAGAGGUGCGUCCUUAGCAGGGUGAUGGCGUCCGUGGGAUGCCCUUCCGAAACCAGGAGACUCCCUGUUGGUUUCCGAGUGGGAAGCCCGCUCGGCGCUCGGCGUGGGCUGCCCUCUCGGUGAGCUGAGGGUGUGGUGUGGCGUCUGUGGAGUGGGCAUGGUGGAGGCGUGGGCCCCGGCCCUGGCCUGGCAGGAACGCUGCCCCUCUUUCCUUCCCCGUUGCUUUGCCCACGGUCGCUGGGUUGAGCAGGGCACUUCCAGGAGGAGGUGCCCGGCCUGGCACCGCACGGUUACGGAGGCAGAAGGAUUCGGCUCCCGCCCCCGACAGGCGAGACGGGGCUUGACCCUUCCUCUGAGAUGCGCGCGGGCCGGCCAGGCGGCUCCCGGGGAGUGUCAGGCUCGGGCUUGCCAGGGCCCGGGGAAGCCAGGUUUCAGGGCGCCGGGCGGCGUUCCGGCACUGUGCCCCCUGACGGGACUUUCCUCUUACAAAGCGGUGUUCUCCCAGGGCGCAGCUGCUGGUGACGUGGAAGUGCCUGCUCACAGGGCCAGAGCGAGGGCCGCAAAGGCCACGUGGGGGCAUCUGUGGGUCAGUUUCUUUUCGUUUAAGAUUUACUUAUUUUAUUUGGAAGGCAGAGUUAGAGAGAUCUGUCUGUUGGUUUACUCCCCAAAGGGCCACAGUGGCCGGAGCUGGGCUAGCCUGGCGCUAGGUCUCCCACGUGGGUGCAGGGACCCAAACACUGGGGCCCACCUCCGCUGCUUUCCCCCGACCAUUAGCAGGGAGCUGGAUCAGAAGUGGAGCAGCCGGGACACGAACCGGCGCCCAUGUGGGAUGUUGGCGCUGCAGGCGGUGUCCUCACCCACCAUGCAACAGCGCAGGUUCUUCCCUCGGUGGCUCCUGGAUGUGGGAACGUGAGCUUCUUGUUGCGCAGGCUGGGAUGGCUCGGAGCAUUCCCAGGGCGGGGCCUGGACGGGGCGGGCCCAGAAUCUCAGGCCCGGCCAGUGGGGAAGCAGGGAAGGCCGGGGUGGGCGGGGCUGCUCUGGGGACCAGCUCCAAGACAGCCAUGGGACUGUUCGGCUGGCUUUUCUGUGGAACACUGGAGAUUAUAUUGACUCUAGGCUGAUGAAUAAAAUACUGAAGAUCAGGUAUUACAAUCCUGCCUAAAAGGAUUCAGUUGCUUAGCACCAAUAGUUUUUUUUUUUUUUUUUUAAUUUGGAAGACAGUGACAGAGCGCGAGCGAGCGAGCGAGAGCAACCAGGGCUGGGCCAGGACUGCCCAGGAGCCUGAAACCGCGCCCGGCGCUCCUGCGAGGGGUCGGGCUGGGCACUCGGGCCGUCAGUCACGUGCCGCCUGCUCAGUCAUCAGAGCAGCGGGGACUUGAACCCCGCUGGAUGCUGACGUCAGGAGCAGCGGCCUAGCCCCCUGCAGCACAGGGCUGGUGUGGCUGCAGGCCCCAGCUGGGCUGUGCUGCUCUCCGCUCAGCUGUGACGUUGCACUGAGACUGCCCAGGCGCCAGACAGAACUGACAGUGAGAGGCGGGAAGGCGUCUGGGUCUGCGGCAGGAAAGGCCUGCGGGACGUGGGGAGGGUGCGGGGCAGUGCCGGUUUCACUAAGCCUGGCCGUGGGCCCCACCCCCAGCAGCAGCGGCUGCCCAGGCCCAGCUGUGUCUGGACCUCUGCGCCAGCUCCCUCUGCCCUACUCCAGCAGCUGGCCAAGGCUGCCUUGCGUCGCUGACCUGUCCACUGGCACCGGGGCCUCAGGAGGACCGGGGUCCCCUCUCCCGGCUGCUCGGAGUUCACAGGGAAGUCCUGGACAGGCUCCAGAGCCAGCCGUUCAGGGCACCCAGCCCCAGCCAUCAGCUCGCUCAGCACUGCUGGGCGGGGAGCGACACCGCCUGCAGUGCCGGCAUCCCAUGGGGUGCUGGUUCGAGUCCUGGCUGCCCCACUUCCGGUCCAGCGCCCUGCUAUUUUGCCUGGGAAAGCAGCAGAAGACGGCCCAGGUGCUUGGUCCCUGCCACGCAAGUGGGAAGGCCCCAGGUGAAGCUCCUGGCUUCAGUCUGGCUGUUGGAGCCAUCUGGAGGGAACCAGUGGAUGAAAAAUCUCUUUCCCCCUCCCUAUGAAUGAAUGAAUGUAUAUUUUCAUCUGUAAAGAUGGCUGGCUUGGCCAGCGCCACGGCUCACUUGGCUAAUCCUCCGCCUGUGGCGCCAGCACACCGGGUUCUAGUCCCGGUCGGGGCGCCAGAUUCUGUCCCGGUUACUCCUCUUCCAGUCCAGCUCUCUGCUGUGGCCCGGAAAGGCAGUGGAGGAUGGCCCAAGUGCUUGGGUCCUGCACCCACAUAGGAGACCAGGAGGAAGCUCCUGGCUCCUAGCUUCAGAUCGGCACAGCUCCGGCCGUUGCGGCCAUUUGGGGAGUGAACCAGCAGAAGGAAGACCUUUCUCUCUGACUCUCUCUCUCUAACUCUGCCUGUCAAAAAAAAAAAAAAAAAAAAAAAAAAAUGGCUGGCUGUCCUGGCGGUGUUUCCAUUGUCGCCAACCCUGUGUAACGUAGAUGACACCACGACAUGGUCUGUAAGUUAAGCCCUGCCAGGGGAGAGUCCAUGGGAGGGACUCCAUUCCCCCAGCUGCUUGGUGCCACUGAGAAGAGGGAGGGGCCCCCGGGACCCAUGGGCCUGCGGGAGAAGCCGCUGUGGGCAAGGGGCCACAGCUGGGGGGCCCCUCACCUGGGGCUGAGCGAGAGCCCGGAGGGCCCGGGGCUGCGCCUGAGGCCUGCUGAGGGGCUUCCGAGGCUUGGGGAGGGUGGGGGCGGACGCCAGGAGCCAGGCAAGGCCCCUCAGGGUGGGGGAGCAGGGACGGGGGAGGGGGACACAGGAGACACCUGGAGUCUAGGCAGCCCUGGACGGGAGGGGGCAGGAGACACCUGGAGUCUAGUCCCAGAAUUGUGGGGGAAGAAGUGGGAGCGCCCACCGCAUCCCCGGGAGGUCACCUGGGGCGGGGCCAGCCAUGAGGACCGGGUUUCGUGGCUGUGUGGGCGACACCGGGUGAAGGUGUAACCGAGCAGCCCUCUGGAGGCCUGGUUGGUGAAGAGCAGAAGCCUGGAGACGGCCGAGCUGGGACAGCCUCGCUCAGGAAGCGCUCGCGCCGCCGGUCUAGGAAGGUUUCCUUCCGGCGUCUCCAAACACAGGGGCACAGAUUUGCUUCUAGAGGACCUACAGAUAGGAAAGUCUAAAGACUGCAUUGACGUGGUGAUCUUGAAUGUUCUAUCAUUCCGUAAAUAUCUUUGGGGGAAUAAAACCUUUUUAGGGGGGCUGGCGUUGUGGUGCAGCGGGUUAAGCCACUGCCUGUGAGGCCAACAUCUCAUGGGCGCUGUUUCAAGUUCCGGUUGCUCCGCCUCCGGUCCAGCUCCCUGCUAACGGCUGGCACCUUCCUGACCGCUGUCGGCCUUGGCCGCCCCUGGCUGCAGGCAGAGAGGCAGCCCUCCCUCCCUAGGCCCUCGUCCAGUCUCUGAAUGGCGUGGUAACUCUCACUGGUCUGCAGCUCAUCUGGACGGCGAGGGGCAUUUUCUGUCGGGUUUUGUGUUUGUUUUUUUACCAAAACUCUAACUUGAGGGUGUUUGGCACGAUGGUCAGAGGCUGUGCUUGGGACACCGCAUCUCGUGGCACAGGGUGUCGGUUAGUGUCCGGCUCCACUUCCAGCUCAAGUGCCGGGGCUCCUGCGCCCAGAUGGGGUCAGGUUCUGGCCCCCUGACUUCAGCCUGGCCUACCCCUGCCCUCGCAGAUGGAAGAUCUCCCUCCCUCCCUCUCUCCUUCUCUCCCUCCCUCCCUCCCUCUCUCCCUCCCUCUCUCCCUCUCUCCCUCCCUCCCUCUCUCCCUCCCUCUCCUUCUCUCUCUCUCUCUCUCUCUCUCUCUCUCUCUCUCUCUCUCUCUCUCUCUCUCUGCCUUUCCAGGAGAAAGGCAGGACUCUUCCUUGACCUCAUCUGUUAAGAUUCUUUCACUCUGCGUGUCUGGCGCGGUCACCGCCUGCCGGCUCUGCUGAGUCACGGCGCUGGCUCGGCUCUGCGUGGUGCCUUCCGGAGCUGAGCGCAGGCCCCAGGCGCUCUACUAGCUGAGGGCAGGGCUGUGAGGUGACCGCGCAGCAGCUCUGUGUGUGACCCACGUCCCUGUGGCCACACGAUAAAACUGGGCCUGCGCCACAGGAAGUGGCCGGGCGCCGCCCCGUCGGGCUGCCCCAGCGUGCGCACUACUGCUCACUCCUGGCACCCUUGAAAUCCCUAUUUUUAGAGCGCUUGGAAUUGAAAGGUUUGGGGACAUUGUGGCCCAGACUCACUGGGCUGCUUUGGAGAGAGGCCGGCUCGGUGUGGAGCUGUCAGAGGGAGAGCUGACGGCUGCCCCACCCCCCGCCCCUGCCGGCCUUCUCUUGGUCUUUAGGUGACUGUCAGGGUGGGGUCCAGGGACCUGCGAGACCACCAGACUCGAGCUGGGGACGGCGUAGACCUGGAUGGCGCUGAUGAACUUUAAGCUCUCCACGCCCUUUCUUAGAGUGACCCAACCCCGUCCCCUGCUGCCCGUGGCUCCUCUCCCUUCUGUAGCCUGUGGUCACUGUCAGCCCGCCUGGUCAGCUGUGUCAGUUUCUGAGACUACUGUCUCUGCCUUUGCAGAUGAAUUCAUCAGUGGGCAUCGGGUGGGCAGCAGCUGGUCUGUGUUAGAUGUCGCGAGACCUGCAUUUCUCGGCGGCUAGGAGGUGCGGCCCGUAACGCUGCGGCGAGCUUCGGAGGCCUCCUGGAGGAGGUGCCUUCCAGCUGCCGAGCAGAUGUUCAUUUCUUUGUUUUAUUUUAUUUUUCUCUUGGAUUAAAUGGAGUUUCUUUUUUUUAAAGAUUUAUUUAUUUUAUUUGAAAGAGUCACACAGAGAGAGGAGAGGCAGAGGCAGAGAGAGAGAGAAAGGUCUUCUAUCCGCUGGUUCACUCUCCAAUUGGCUGCAACGACCGGAGCUGCGUUGAUCAGAAGCCAGGAGCCAGGAGCCUCCUCCGGGUCUCCCACGUGGGUGCAGGGCCCAAGGACUUGGGCCAUUUUCUGCUGCUUUCCCAGGCCACUAGCAGGGAGCUGGAUCAGAAGUGGAGCAGCUGGGACUUGAACUGGUGCCCUUGUGGGAUGCAGGUGUCACAGGUGGUGGCUUUACCCACUGCAGCACAACACCAGCCCUGGAAGAUCUCUCUGCCUUUUCUUUUUUCUUUUUCUUUUCUUUUUUUUUCUUUUCUUUUCUUUUCUUUUAUUUGAGAGGUAGAGUUAUAGACAGUGAGAGAGAGAGAGAGAGACAGAGAGAAAGGGCUUCCUCCCAUUGGUUCACUCCCCAAAUGGCCGCAAUGGCCGGUACUGUGCUGAUCCAAAGCCAGGAGCCAGGGGCCCCUUCCUGGUCUCCCAUGCGGGUGCAGGCACUUGGGCCAUCCUCCACUGCCCUCCCGGGCCACAGCAGAGAGCUGGACUGGAAGAGGGGCAACCGGGACAGAAUCUGGCGCCCCGACCAGGACUAGCACCUGGUGCUGCCCCCCCCACAUUAAGAUUUAUUUAUUUAUUUAAAAGGCAGAGCUGUAGAGAGGCAGAGGGGGCUGUUUUCCAGCCGUUGGUUCAACUCCCCAAAUGGCUGCAGCGACCAGAGCUGCGCCGAUCUGAAGCCAGGAGCCGGGAGCUUCUUCCAGGUCUCCCACGUGGGUGCAGGGGCCCACGCACUUGGGCCGUCUUCUACUGCUUUCCCAGGCCACAGCAGAGAGCUGGACUGGAAGAGGAGCAGCUGAGACUCAAACCGGCCCCCUCUUUUUACCUUUCAAGUAAAUUAAUUAAUUUAGAAAAAAUUUAAAAUACAUUUAAAAAUAGCUUAUAUACAGUAAAAUGAGUGUGUCCAUUGUAAGUGUGAAAAACUACGCUGAAUUUGAGAGAUGUGUAAAUCUGCAGUCAGCACCCAGGAGGACCUGAGGUCCCCGAGGAUCCUCUGUGGUCUGCCUGGCUCUCCCUGGGCGCCACCACCCUGCACCGGCCACGCCGCCCCUCUUGGCUGCGGGCUUGCGAGCUGCUUCCUGGCAGGGCCCGUGGGAAGUCUCGGUCGUGGUCGUGGUCGUGGUGGCAGCCACGACCGUAGAGAUUUCCGAGCUGAGUGCAUUUCGUUUUUUUCUUCCCUAAUGUUCACGUUGUUCUGUUGACAGCCUGGUGUUUGAUGGUUCAGCUGACCCUCUGUUCUGAAGGCCAGACGCUGCGCCUGCGCCACAAGUCAGGGUGCAGAGCCGCUUCACUCCCAGCUUGCUGUGCAGUAGUGUCCCUGCCCCGGCGCCUGUCUUCCAGAUGCUCUAUAAACAGCCACAGAGCGUGCAGGCUCUGAGUAGCAAAGUGCGUUUCUGACUGCUGGUGCACCCAGAGCGCCUGUGGAGAGGACACGCCUGUGUUCCCGCUGCCCAGGGGAGGGACUGCUGCUAACAGAUUCUGGUGGUUGUCCGCAAAGGCACUUCUUUUUUUAAAGAUUUAUUUAUUUGUAUUUGAAAGAGUAAGAGAGAGGGAGAGACAGAGAGGUCUGCUGGUUCACUCCACAGAUGGCCUCAAUGGCCGGCGCUGGGCCAGGCCGAAGCCAGGAGCCAGGAGCUUCUUCCGGGUCUCCCGCGUGGGUGCAGGGCCCGAGCACUUGGUCAUCCUCCACUGCCUUCCCAGGAUACAGCUGGGACUCACACUGGCGCCCACAGGGGAUGCCGGCACUGCAGGCGGCGGCUUUACCCGCUACGCCACAGCGCCGGCCCCCUUUAAAUUUUUAUUUAUUUGUUUUCAUUUUAUUUGAAACACAGAGGGGGCCAGUGUUGUGGAGUAGAGGGUAGGCUUCUGCUGGAAACACGGACGUCCCAAAUCCGGUGCCGGUGCCGCUUCUGAUCCAGCUUCUUGCUUUGUGCCUGGAAGGCAGCGGAAGUCCUGGCUGUGAAGGCUGUCGGGACACUCACUUUACAUGGAAGAUCUCUGUCUCUCCGCCGUUCAAAUAAAUGGGCCUUUCUUUCCCCAAGAGAGGAGCAGAGGAAGAGCUCCCACUUGAUGGACUCUCCAAGUGCCCUCGGCAGCCAGGGCUGGGGCGGGGAGGCUGCGGCUCAGCCCCGGAGUCCCGCCUGGUGGCAGAGACCCCAGUGCCUUGGCCAGGGUGCACACCAGCAGGGAGAUGGAAGCAGAAGCAAACCAGGACUCGAACCAAUGUGGGAUGUGGCCCUCCCAAGCGUGCCUCACCCACUGUGCCAAAUGCCUGCCCGGCAAGCAGGUGUUGAUGGGAAUAUGUGCAUAGUCGUUGCCCCUUGUCCUGGAGGCGCACUCCCCAAAUGGCCGCAAUGACCACGGCUGUGCCAGGCCGAAGCCAGGAGCCAGGGGCUUCAUCCAGGUCUCCCACAUGGGUGCAGGGGCCCAUGCACUUGGGCCAUCUUCCACUGCUUUCCCAGGCCACAGCAGAGAGCUGGAUUGGAAGUGGAGCAGCCGGGACUUGAACUGGCGCCCAUGUGGGAUGCCGGCACUGCAAGCAGCAGCUUUACCCACUGACCACUUUUUUACAUAUUUAUUUUCUUCUACUUGAAAGGCAGAGCGACACACAGAGAGAGCUCUACCAUGUGCCGCUUGAUUCCCCACAUGGCCACAACGCCAGGGUUCGGGCCGGAACUCCGUCUGGGUCUCCGUGUGGGUGGAGGGUCCCGAGCUCUUGGGGUGUCUUCUAUGCUUCUCUGUCAACAGCAGGGAUGGGGCGGGGUAUCGGGCUCGGACCGCAUUGCGAUGGGGGACGCCGCGGCACAGUGCAGCUGUGCGGUCUGCCUGCCCUGCCGAGAGGCCUCCGGGUUCUGCCCUCCGAGGAAGUCUUGCCAUGACUGGAUCGGACCCCCAGACAGGUACUCAAACCUGCGACCUGUUCACUUCUACAUCCCGGAAAACGAGUCGCCGCUGGAGCGGAGGCUCCGGGAGUUGAGACAGGAAACACAAGAGUGGAACCAGCAGUUCUGGGCGGCUCAGAACUUGACUUUCGCUAAGGAGAAGGAGGAGUUUAUUCACUCAAGACUCAGAGCGAAAGGCCUGGGCCCGAGAGCUGAACCAGAGACUGGUACAGACGUAACUUGGCCAUCACCUUCCUCAUGGGCAGAGUGGCCCUGCAGCGCAUCUGGGACGUGCUGAGACGGAGACGGAAGACGAGCACUUAGGAGCCCACCCAGACCCGGGCUGACCCGCAGUGGCCGGUGUCCGUGGGGAGUGGACGGCAGCAGGAGCUCAUUUUGUGAGCCUAAAAACUGUAUGUGACCCGGGUCCCACGGCUUCCCGGGGAGCCCUCGGCCCGCGUCUCGGGGCCACCUGGCUCCCUCCUGUCUCUGGAUCUCGUCCUGCCGUGCUGUGAAGCCCAAGUAAUAUGUGCAGGUUUUCUCUGUUUGAAUUCUAUCAGAUCAAAAUGGAAUAAUAUACAAAUACUAAUAAAGUUUUACUUGAAACCUUGCCUCUGUCAAUGGAUGAUUGGGAAGCCGGCUGCCACACUGCCCUGUUCCCUGGCCUGGGCCUGACCCCAGAGCGCAGUUGUCCCGUGACGCCGCAGCUCCUGUCAGAGCCUGACUCGGGCAGCCCCUCCUGGUGCACCGACUUCCCGCCAGGCCAUCGUUUCCGUGCUGCGUGGGACGGAGGCUGUGCCUGUCCCGCGAGUCGGCCUGCAGGGGACACGCCGCCUCUCCUGGGGGGAGCGGAUGCUGCCGUGGAUCUUGCCGGCUGCCUGGCAGUCAUCGGUCACCUUGCGGUGACAGGCGAGGCAGAGCGCUCCGUGGCUGCGGUGCUGCCGCCAGGUCUUCCCACGGGGCUUUUACUGUCCUGUGGGGACAGGCAGGUGGGAGCAGAACCUUCGGCGGCAGCCUGGGGUGUGACCGGGGCGCCCCGGCAGCUCCUCACGGCCAUCUGCAGCAGCCCCCGCCUCCGUGGUUAGGGCUGCUGAUCUGCCCUGCGUGGUCCUUCUUCAGUCACGUGCGGGGCCCAAGUUCAGGGCAGACAGUGCUGCCGGGCGGGCUAGGCCAGGCCGACGCCGGAGCUAGGAAGUCCACCAGGUCUCCCACGGGGUGGCUGGUAGGAACCUGUGUACUUGGAGCUGGAGCCGGGAAUCGAACCCAGGCACCCCAGUGCAGGGGGUGGCUUUCCAGCCGCUAGGCAGUGCCCCUCCCGCUCACCGGCUCCCUCCGCGUCUGCAGUGACUUCACAGUCAGCAGGGGCGAGGAUUGAGAGCUUUGCGGCUCAGGAGAGUGGCCCCUGAGGCACGUGCCGGAGACGCUGCUGGUGGGCGCAGGCAAGCCGUGGGCAGUGCUGUGCAGCCAGGGGCCUGCGGCCGACCACUGGCUUCUGAGAUGCUCUGGGGUCAAGGUCGCUGUGUCCCGGGGGUGUCUGCCUGGCGCAGAUGGCUCAGUUACUGAGCAGAGUCCGCCCGCAGCCGGCCUGGGGACCAGGCACCAGUAUUUGCGUGGUACGGAGACCCGGUCUGACCACGCUGUGCUCCUCUUACCCGGCCUCUUCCAGACCCCCGGCUCCUGCGUCGGAUUCCGGAGGCCUCACGCGAGAGAAGCUGACUCAGUGCCAGCUCUGGUGGGGGCAGCCAGGGUCGGAGGACAGAGACCCCCGGGGACAGACCGCCCGCUCCCUGCAGCUGGGAAGGCCCCAGACCCGGGGCCCACGGCGUCCCCAGUGCCAGGCAGGCACCGUGCGUGGUCUGCCUGGGUCAGAGGACAGAGACCCCCGGGGACAGACCGCCCGCUCCCUGCAGCUGGGAAGGCCCCAGACCCGGGGCCCACGGCGUCCCCAGUGCCAGGCAGGCGCAGUGCGUGGUCUGCCUGCACGCCAGCUGCCGGCCGUCCGACAGGAAGGUGCCGUCCAGCGGGCAGCAGCCGCGCACGCUAGGGCAGGACAGGCAAACUCGAGGCUCUCGUCCUUGAGGCCAAGGACACCAUCUCUGGAGUCAGGUGAGCGACAAGCAGACGCGGGUCUGUGGUCAAGGGGAGGGCCAGUGGUCUCCGUGAAGCUGUCAGGAGCAGUGGCCCUGGGGCCGUGCCCGGGCCCGCAGGGAGAGCAGCAGUUGUGGGUGGCUUCACGCCCCUCGGCAAGGCGGGCGUCACCGGGACGGUGCUCGUGGGGACCGCUGGACAAGCAGGACAAGGGGUGGGCGUCUCCGGUCUCCGUGAAGCUGUCAGGAGCAGUGGCCCUGGGGCCGUGCCUGGGCCCGCAGGGAAAGCAGCAGUUGGUGGCUUCACGCCCCUCGGCAAGGCGCGCGUCACCGGGACGGUGCUCGUGGGGACCGCUGGACAAGCAGGACAAGGGGUGGGCGUCUCCUCAGGGCGCCCGAGUCCCCUGUGGGAGCUGGGGUCAGCCCCUGGCUCCCGCUCGGUCCCACCGUGUGAGGACGCACAUAGUUGGUCCCCAGCACCCCACUCUGCUGUGUGAGAGGAGCAUGGGGAGCCUCCGUGGUGGUCUUGGCUAGGAGGGAGAGGAGGGGUGGGCACUGGGUGCAGGGGUGAGGACGCCCUGGGGACACCCACAUCCACACUGCAGUGUGCGGUCCCAGUCCUGGUCCGGCCCAGCCUCCUGCUGAGGUGCACCCUGGGAGGCUGACUCAAGCGCUUGGGCCCUGCCAGCCUCGUGGGAGACCAGACCGAGCUCCAGGUCCAGGCUCCAGCCAUCAUGGGCGUCUGGGGAGUGAGCCAGCGGAUGAAGACCUCUCUUUUUUUAAGAUUUAUUUUUAUUUAUUUGGAAGGCAGAGUUGCAGAGAGAGAAGGAGAGACAGAUUUUCCAUCUGCUGGUUCUCUCCUCAAACGGCUGCAACAUUGGGGCAGGACCAGGCUGGAGCCAGGAGCUUCUUCGGGGUCUCCCACGUGGGUGCAGGGGCUGAGCACUUGGACCACCUGUGCUGCUUUCCCAGCUGCAUUGCAGGGAGCGGAAGCAGACAUGGAGUAGCACCCACAGGGGGUGUUGGCCUCACAGGUGGAGACAGCCUGCUACGCCACAGCGCCAGCCCUCUCCAAAUACGUGUUAAAUGCUAAAAUGCUAAGUUCAGUGAGUGUAUUUUACCACAAUGUAACGGAAAAACAACUAGGAAAGCACAGAUGGUGAAAACAGUACAAAACACGUGCCGGCGCCGCGGCUCACUAGGCUAAUCCUCCGCCUUGCGGCGCCGGCACACCGGGUUCUAGUCCUGGUCGGGGCACCAGAUUCUGUCCCGGUUGCCCCUCUUCCAGUCCAGCUCUCUGCUGUGGCCAGGGAGUGCAGUGGAGGAUGGCCCAGGUGCUUGGGCCCUGCACCCCAUGGGAGACCAGGAGAAGCACCUGGCUCUGCCUUUGGAUUGGCGUGGCACGCCGGCAGCAGUGGCCAUUGGAGGGUGAACCAACGGCAAAGGAAGACCUUUCUCUCAGUCUCUCUCUCUCUCACUGUCCACUCUGCCUGUCAGAAAAAAAAAAAAGUACAAAACACGACUCCACGGCUGCAUCCCAGCAGGACGACCCAGCACGAGGGAGCUGACUGAGCAGGCGUUUCACAGGACAGUGGAGAUGGCCAGGGUGCGCACGGCGGGCCGCGGGUUAAGCCACGGCUUGCAGCUCCAGCGCCCGUGUCUCCCGCCGCCCUCUUCCAGUGCCGCCCUCCCGGGAAGGUGCAGACGGCCCAAGAACUGGCCCCUGCCGCCCGCCUGGGAGACCAGCAUGCAGUCUGCAUCCUGGCUGUGGCUGUUCGGAAAGUGAAUCAGCAAAUGGAAGCUCCCUCUCUGUCAUUCUGCCUUUCAAUAAAUAAAUAAUCUUAAAACAACAACAACAACUAAUGGAAAUGGGCAAUAAGUGCCUGCAGAGAUCAGCAGCUUAGUGGAGAGGGAAACGCAGACCCAGCGCAGGUGCAGAGCGAGGGGCUGGUGAGGGCGGGCACCCAGCGCAGGUGCAGAGCGAGGGGCUGGUGAGGGCGGGCACCCAGCACAGCAGAGUGAGGGGCUGUGAGGGCGGGCACCCAGCGCAGGCACACGAGGGGCUGUGAGGGCGGGCACCCAGCACAGCAGAGUGAGGGGCUGUGAGGGCGGGCACCCAGCGCAGG